AAAACAACAAAUACAAUUGUUCGUAUUGGUUGUUGUUUUGCAGAUUGUUGUUUUGAGAGCGAAUUUUAUUCGAGUUAAAAUACUUAAACAAAUAAACAUUUUGUGUCAGUAAAAUAAAUAUAAAUAAUUAUAAUUUUGUGUCAAAUUCGAUAAACAUAUUGCAAGAACACGUUAUAAGUUCAAAGUAAGAUUUCGUUUGCACCAAUCACAAACCGAAAAAUCAAUAGAACAAAGUUCUUUGACAAAGCGCCGUACAGCUUAUAACUACACAAAACAUAUAGUAAGAUGGGAGCUGAGCAUUCCCAGCAACGAGCGGAGGCAGAUGGACGAGAAAUUUUUGAGAGUGAUUUAAAAAUCACACUUGGCAAUACAAGGCAAUCACAUAGUGCCACACCCACUGGUAGCACAAAACGACGUAGUGGUCGACAAAGCACAAGCAGUGCUGGCUCCAAUCGUGGCAGUAAACAUAUCGUUGAGACAGUAACAGCAACUGCAUCUCCGACUACCUCUGUAGAGCUAAGUCGACCACCUUCGCCACCACUGAGUGUAUGCUCUGACUUGCCUUACGUUUCUUAUACAGAUCGUCCUAUAGGUGACUCACCGAAGAUUCGAAAUAAACCACAUAGUCGUCACCAACAAGCGAACAGUAUAAAUCGUAGUGCAGGUAUACGCAAGUCUUUUGGCACAGGUGCUACACCAAAGCGUCCGCAAUCUACUUCUGGUACAAUAGUGAUUGUUAAACCAGGCGCGCGUGAUGCAGACUACGAUGCAGAUGCAGAUUUGACGCGUUUGCGUAACAUUCCACAAUUCCUGCCUGUACUACGUGACUCUAUAACAACAGCAGCCUUCACACGAGAUCAGGAAGUGUUAGAGCGUUUGAAUGCGCAACAUUUAGUGAAUAUUUGUAGUCGCAUGCAAACACAUUUAAAUCUUUGCGCCACACAAGUAACUCAAGAACAAAAUCAUCUUGUUGAACGUACAAAAGUUGUUAGCAAUUCCAUAACAACAUUGUUUGCUUCGUUUGUGGACAUGCAGAAAACGUAUGCCGCUUAUGCCGAACAAUUCUCCAAGGUGCGUACUAUAUCACAACAACUGAGUCGGUGUAACUCCUUGCUGCAUGACAAUAUAGCAAAUUUGGAAGCUAUAAAUAAUUUUCUUGAUGUUGAAGAUCGUUUGGAGCCUUUCAUUUGGCGCACAGAUGAUGGUAAGCAGCGUGGUGAAGCGGAAGGUGCACCUGGUGGAGGUAGUGGGCGACUGACGCGUAUGUAGUGCGUUUGAGUGAAUGCUAGUCGCUAAUUGUUCUUUCACAUAAACGUUGGCGCUAUUCUGGCAAAACGAUCCAAUCUGGAAAAGCAAUAUUUUCUUUUCUCAGGCGUAAAAUCGUUAUCAUUGUUGUUAUAAGACUUUAAUCCCACGGUCUAGUUUUGAUUAGGGUCGAAUGUGUAAUUUGAAUUAAGUUUUUGUUGUGUUUAAGAGCUAUGUGAUGUAAAUACAAUUACAAGAUAAAUCUUGUAAUUUCUAAUUGUUGUAAGACAGUAAUUUAAAAAUACUAAUCUUCAAGGUUUACUGUUUAAAUAAAUAAGAGGAUAGAAAAAUAAAAUUAUUACAUA